AUGUCUCAGGAUGCGGAGGCCGCUGCCACCGUUGCCAGCAGCGACGACAAGAGCAGCCGCCUCGCGGAGCUCAUCAUCUUCUGCGACCGGGCCAAGCGCCGCAUCGCUGAACUAGAGGACAAGGUUGCAGAGCUCGAGCAGGCGCUCUCAGAGACACGCACGAUCGACAGUCACCCGAAGAGGACGCUGCGGCGGCACAUGUCAGCACCGCUACUUGACCAGCCUUUCAAGAAGGAUGGCCUACAGCAGAUAUCCGAGUGGAACAAGGAGUUGGUGACUACCGUGGAAGAGAUGCGCGGCGCCAUGCUGAAGAUGGAGACGGACGCCAAGGUACAGCUUAUUGUUCUUGGCGACGAAGUGGAGCGGCUUCGCGCGGAGAGUGAGGCGUUGCGCUGCGAGAAUGACGCGUUGAAAGAGCGGGUGGCAGACGACGUGUUGCGCCAGCGGCAGACGAAUCGGGUGGAGAUGGCCUUCGAGAAAGCGAAGAUUGCCUCGCGCGUUCGUGCGGCGGGGCUGCGCCGGCUGGAGUGCAUGGAGGCGGUCCUUAUGGAGACUCACGAUGACCUCUACUACGUACAGCGCUUCGACGCCGCCGAGCUGCCAGUGCGUGACGUGACGUUUGUGAUGCACAUCGUGUCGAACGUGACGUGUCCGCAUGUGGGCGGGGAGGAGUUCACGAUGAACAUCUAUCAGAAGCUCCUGCGCAGCACUGCGCGGCAGUACAGGGGCUACCACGUCUGCUCCGUCGAUCAGCUCGAGGUGUUCGCAUUCCACAGUGGCACCGCUGCCUUGUACUUUUCGAAAGAGUGUCAUCUCGGCGUCACGAACCUCGCAUGGCCGUCACGCACGUCGGAAAUCCCGUACUUCGCGCCGGUGAUCGACAAUGGUGAGGUGUUGUACAGCGGACCUCGCAUGCACACCUGCAUGUACACCUGCAACCCGGGGACGGAAGUGGACCCAAUCAACGGGCGGCCGGUGUACUAUGGCCAAGAGGUGCGCGACGCCGUCACGGCGGCAUUGAACGGCGCGCCUAUCGGCGAGAUUGUAGCCAAUGAGGCGUGGGCAAAGCUAUUCUGCAAGGAGAUGAACAUUAUGAACGACGUGCACGCCGAGGUGUGUGCUGAUGUGCAGCAUGUACGUUCUAAAUUGGGUGCUGGCUGGAGUGUCGUCACGGUGGAUCCAUCGGUGCGGGAUCUUCUGUGCUCAAUCCUCCCCGUCGCACUGGAACGACGGCGCGGGCUACCACCGUACUAUCUGCAGCCCGUGCCACGGUUCGCGCGCAGUAUCAUCUCCCCCGAAAAGUUGGUGCCGCGCGUGUUGAACCCCAUGAAAGGUGUUACCCGCCUCUGUACUGGCAGCGUGCAGCCACAACAACAGCUACAACUACAACAGCAGAAGCAGAAGCAGAAGCAGCAUGAGGGUUGGGUUGAUGGUCUCAAGGACCCCGAGGAACAUGCAACGGAGGAGAGGGAUGCCAACUGCGCAGAUCUCCUCGCCCUAUAUUCGCUGCGAAGAGAGCGGACAAACAUCAUCAGCCUGUACAAAAAACUUGAGGCGGUUUCUGCAUUUCAGGAGCAGUCUGCGAUGGAGGCGGAAGACUGGUAUCUGUCCCGGUUUCAGUCCAUCAACCCUGAUGAAGCUUCGUAUGUGUGUACCGUCGAUGUUGGUGAUGAUGCGUCGUGGCGGCAGAUCACGCAAGCAACGUUAAACGCAGAGGAGCAUGAUCACCUGCGCGAUCUUCUACUCUGCACUAUCCUCUCGAGUGGGAAGAAGAAUAACGGCGUUCACGUAAAUGGUAACAACAAAGACGUGUUCACGUUUGCUUUCCGACAACCGGAGCAUGCUCUGUGCUUUGCUGCGCAGGUGUACACAACUGUGAGUGAGAAAUGCGCGUCACUUACCACGAUGUCGGAAAUGUGCCUUAUGCGCGGCGGCCUCACAAAAGGGCACCUGGUCCGUAUGAUUGGUGGUUCAGCUUCUGCCGCUGCAUUCAAUAGUGGUGGUGGUGUGCUGUGUCGCGGCAAGGCACUGGCGCUUUCAGGCAGCCUGUGCGACGUUGCCCGCUACGGGGAGAUUCUCGCCUCCGCUGACGUCGUGCAGGCCUACUACGCAACCAAGGUUAACCUUGCAAGUAUGGCAUACAACGUGCUUCGGUGUGGUGGUCGAAUCUUUGGCAGGCAAUCCAGUUUGGUCGAUCUCUGCUCAAUCAUACCCAAGCCGUACGCGUACCGACGUCAAUGGCAGAUGAGCGUCGACGGUAAGAUAGCCGAAAAGCAGUGGGAGUGCCCUGCCCGCUCUGCUAUGGCAGCACUGCAGCUCGAGGAGGACGUCCUGCGCCGUGAGGAGGCGGUUCAAAUGCUGCAACAGCAGCAGCAACUCAUUGAGCGAGCGGAGGCGGCGACGAUGGCGAUGCACGACACGGCGUGGGACCACACGGCGCACAUGGCACUGCGGCUGCCGUGGCCUGUCAGCGGUGCGUCCAUUGGCAUGCAUAAUAAGCCAGAACUUGGCUUCAUGUUCUGCGACGUCAACGACGCCGCUGGCAUUUCCUGCAUGGUCCCGGAUGACUUGUACAAGGAAAUCAUGGCUCUGUAUAAUUACGUGGUGCAGAAAGCGGUACUGGCGUACGACGGAUUCAUUGCCAAGACAGACUCGGUGACGGCGUACAUUGUCAUCUUCCCCGACCCCCACCGUGCGAUGGAGACUGCGCUGCAGAUUCAACGCAGCCUGCUGGAAGUGGAGUGGCCGACGCGGCUCCUCACCAUCGAGGCGACCCUCCACGUGCAGAGUGCCAAGACAGGCACCCUGCUCUUUCACGGCGUCCGUGCAAAGACGGUGGUCCAUGCGUCGCAAGACUAUCAUUCCACGCGGUCAGCGCGCGGGGAGUACGGCGAGGCGGGAGACGUCAGCGGUGCCGCACUAGACGCCGUUGCUACCCUUGGGCUCCUGGCGCGCGGUGGGGAAAUUCUUGUGACGCCAGACGCGUUGCACAGAGUUUCGGCCACACUGAGCGGGUCACUUCUGCUGCAGCAGGUCGCCAUACAAGCAGAGAGCCUGUGCGCCCCCGAUGAUGCGGCGCUGGCCUCGUGUGUGCCACGAAAGCUGUGGGAACGCCUCAACCUUUUCAUACCUGCCGUCCGAGGCGCUAGUAGUGCGCCAUCAACAGCUGCGGCUAAGGAAAGCCACGCCAGAAGCGAGAAGAGGGCGGUGUGGUGGCAUGAUACUAACAACGCCAUGGCGCCCCUUCCGCUGUCGCGGAUGCCGCUGUGCAUAAUGCCGAGGAAUCCUCCCCUCAGCACGGCUUCCUCUGUCUUUCUGCAACCUAUUGAAGAUGCCGUGAGUUGUAUCAAACGGGAUAUGGCGGAAGCGGUUGACACGAACCCAUGCCGUGAGAGCUUUCUCAUUGUGUUGCGCGACGCGCUCAUGGGUGUUGUCACCGGGUUUCGCAUUCUUGAUGAUGGCAUCACCAAGGCAGCGGCAGCGGCAGCGACAGCAGCGGCACUCAGCACGGAGAACUCAACUGGUGGAGCAGCCGCGUUGAUGUCCACUCUCAGACGCACGCCUGCGGAUAUGCACAAGAAGAGCAGUCGUGUCGCCACUCCCGUGGCGCCCGGAUCUGGCGCCGGCGACCCGUACAGGACUGCACUUCAGUUCCUUGACACCUUACUGAGGGGUUUGCUGCAGCGGAGUAGCCGUACGCUGGGGGGUGCCCAUCAGUUGCCAUCAGCACUGAAUGUGAGGACGCCACCCAGGGUGUCAACCACUCGUGGCGCUGCGAGAGUGGGCAAGGGGGCGCGGUAG